AUGUGUGGAGGCCCCAGGUCGCGUGUUGCCGGGCUCAAAACCACGAUGUAUGCGGCGGUAUUGGCUUUGGAUGAAGAAUGGAGCUCCACAUACACUGUCCCGAACCUUGGCAAGUUGGAGGUUCAGGUUGCAGCGCUAGCACCUGAUUACAUCGAGCUCUACGAACCUCCACACACUCCCCUCCUCUUGAAAUAUAUCGCGCAAAGGCUCUCUGGUCGUCGAGUCGGAGUACCGCGGCUAACGUCUCUACCUCCACCCAGGAUCGUCACUCCAUCCCACAGCAGACACCUGCCAUAG